AAAGAAAGCGAGAACUCUCCUCCGACUUCAAGUCCAAUCAUUCGUCACGCUCUCUCUGCCUCCCUCCUUCUCGAAAUCCUCGCCUGCUCUUCGAUCCCGAGAGGUAGAUAGUCUCGAGAAACUCCCCGGAAUUCUCCUUCGCGUCUAGGGAAUGCAUAGAGAUGAUGGUAGCCCACUGCCCUUCUCCUUCUUCAUCCACGGCGAGGCCUGAGUCGUGUUGGCGAGCCAACUCCCGCAUCGGCGGCCGGACCUGCCACCGCAAGCACGUCGAGGACGGGUGAUCCGGCGGCUCCGCCUCCGACCUCGGCCCUUUUUUCCGGUUUUCGCUUCUUGUCGUUCUUUGCGUUUUUUCCGUAUCUCUCGGCGACGGUUUUUCGAUCGGUUACGGUUUUUUCUCGGUCGGGGGAAGUAGACACCCCGGAGGAUGACGAAGAGGGGGGAGGACGGGAGCUCGUCGAUCCUGCACGGGAAGUACGAGCUGGGGCGGCUCCUCGGGCACGGGACGUUCGCGAAGGUGUACCACGCGCGGGAGCUGCGGAGCGGCCGGAGCGUGGCGAUGAAGGUGGUGGGGAAGGAGAAGGUGGUGAAGGUGGGGAUGACGGAGCAGAUCAAGCGCGAGAUUGCGGUCAUGAAGAUGGUGAAGCACCCCCACAUCGUGGAGCUCCACGAGGUGAUGGCGAGCAAGUCGAAGAUCUACUUCGCCAUGGAGCUCGUCCGCGGCGGCGAGCUCUUCGCCAAGAUCUCCAAGGGGCGGCUCCGGGAGGACGUCGCCCGGGCCUACUUCCAGCAGCUGAUCUCGGCGGUGGAUUUCUGCCACAGCCGGGGGGUGUACCACCGGGAUCUGAAGCCGGAGAACCUGCUGGUGGACGAGAAUGGCGAUCUGAAGGUGACCGACUUUGGGCUGAGCGCCUUCGGGGAGCACCUGAGGCAGGACGGGCUCCUGCACACGACGUGCGGGACGCCGGCCUACGUCGCCCCGGAGGUGAUCGGAAAGAAGGGGUACGACGGUUCCAAGGCGGACCUGUGGUCGUGCGGCGUGAUCCUAUACGUCCUCCUCGCCGGGUUCUUGCCCUUCCAGGACGAUAACAUCAUGGUCAUGUACCGGAAGAUCUACCGGGGCGAUUUCAAGUGCCCGCCCUGGUUCUCGCCGGAGGCCCGGCGCCUCGUGACCAAGCUCCUCGACCCGAACCCGAGCACGCGGAUCACCAUUUCCAAGAUCACGGACAGCUCCUGGUUCAAGAAGUCGGCCCCCAAGACCCUGGUCCCCAAGGAGGAGCAGGAAUUCGACGAGGAGAAGGCGGCGAAGUUGCGGCCGCCGGAGACGAUGAACGCGUUCCACAUAAUCUCCCUCUCCGAGGGGUUCGACCUGUCGCCGCUCUUCGAGGAGAAGAAGAGGGAGGAGAAGGAGGAGCUGCGGUUCGCGACCACGCGGCCGGCGAGCAGCAUCAUAUCGAGGAUCGAGGAGGCGGCGAGGGCCGGGAAAUUCAGCAUCACGAAGAGCGAGUCGAGGGUGAAGCUGGAGGGGGAGGAGGCGGGGAGGAAAGGGAAGCUGGCCAUUGAGGCGGAGAUAUUCGCGGUGGCCCCGUCGGUGCUGGUGGUGGAGGUGAAGAAGGACCGGGGCGACACGCUGGAGUACAACCAGUUCUGCCGGAAGGAGCUGAGACCGGCGCUCAAGGACAUCGUCUGGACGUCCCCCGGCGACGACUCGUUGCCUGCUUGAGAGCGCGCGGGUUUGUACAUGUACGUGUUGUCGGAUUACGUCGGAAUUAGGUGUCGUCAACUUUAGGAGCAGAUCGCAGAGGAAUUGGUCUGUGAUUUGCGGUUAGAGUUCGGUGGUUGGUGUUUGUGUUCUCUCGUGGGUUUUUUCUUGUGAAUAUGUUGCAAGUGAGACGUGUUCUUUCCAAGUAAGAGCAAAAUCUUCGAUCCUGAAAGCUCAAAUCCGGCGUCCUUUUUUGUCGAUCGGGUCUCGCGGUUCGCACGAAGAAGGGAAGGGAACCGAGAAGAAUUGAACUCGAGACCUUCAGUUCCGCAGGUCGUUUGUCUUAGGAAUUCGAAUUAUUAAGAGACGGGUCCGAGAUUAACAUUCUAAUUCGGCAAGGUAAAUUCCAAA